AUGACGGCUGUACCCCUCUGGCCGCGAUCCGGGAGCAGCUCUUCCAACGCCCCGACCAUCUUGGCAGUGGUUGGGACGUUGACGGGCCUGUCCACACUGAUCGUGCUGCUACGAUGUUAUGUGCGCGGUCUGGUGCUGCGAAAGUUUAAUGCGGAGGAGUACAAUAUAAUUGGGGCGUGGCUCUGUGCCGUCGGAGUUCUCGUCUGUUUCGCGGUUGAAUCGCAACAUGGCGUCGGUCGCUACUCGAAGGAUAUCACCAACGAGGAGUUUGGGUACCUGGCCAAGGUGGUUUAUUUCCAUUCCAUCAUUGUGAUGGUCGGCCUCAGUCUGGUCAAGAUCUCCCUGGCAGUCUUCUUGCGACGAUUUGCUCAGAACGCGCUGCGUCAGGCAUUGAUCGGAUCCAUUGUCUUCCUGGUCGCCUUCACUAUCGCCUGCGGCUUAACUCUGAUCCUCCAGUGCACCCCUGUGGCCGCCGCGUGGGAUUAUAGUUUGCGGGCUAAUGCUCGAUGCUUUGAUUCCGGUACUUAUACCGCCAUUGGGCUGUGGAAUAGCAUCACGAACCUCGUGACGGACGUUAUCUUUGCAACGCUACCGGUGCCCAUGUUCAUCAAAAUCCAAGUCAACCGACGGACAAAGGCAUCACUGAUUGGAGUAUUGAGCUUGGGAUAUCUGGCCUGCGUUGCCGGUAUCAUCAAGAUCGUCGCUCAAAUCAAAGUGCUCAAGGAGACAAAUGUGUAUCGGAACGACACCUUCAUGGUCUGGAACUGUGUCGAAUUGAAUAUCGCUAUCCUCGCCGCAUGCCUUCCCAACCUCAAACCCCUGGUCAAGUCAUUGCUCGACAGUACGCGCAGUCUGACCAGCGGGCGCCGCAACGCAUACGGCAAUUACUAUCCCGGAUACUACGGCCAACGGAGCGAGGAUAUCACGCUCAAGUCGAUGACGCGGCGAACACGCCACUCUAUGUAUAAUAUCACGGUGGAGGGGAGCUCGGAUGGCGAUUCCGCCAGUGGGCACAGUGGGAAUCGCGAGGAGGACGAGCAGCGCUUGCAUUGCACGGAGAUUGGCAUCUUGAAGACCACCGAAGUGGUGGUUCACACGCAGCAGUAGGUUGCGUUCGACUGUACUGUACAUAUCCCAAUUAUGAUAGGUAUAUAAGCUUUUUCUUUUGUUCCGCUAAUGCGCAGCCACAUUUCGAAGCAGCCAAGCGUUCACCGGAGUAGGAAAUGAAAGGGAAACCUGAAGGUAUGGUGUGAGGCAAGACGCGUGCCGCGCGUUGAUUCAGCAAAUAUUGCAUUCUUGGCGAUAGCCGCCCCUUGCAUGGGUUUUGGUCAUGGGUAUAUCAAUGACAGCUGGCAUCCUAGAACCACGGCGUAUGGAGGGAUUUGAGUUGUACAGUACGCUUGUUGACAUCAUCGGUCGCCGCUGCGACUUCGCCAUCAGACCAGUAGAAGCAAACUCGAGCAGGAUUAAA